GGGUGACCAUCCGUCCCGGUUUAGCCGGGACAUGUCCCACUUUUCAAACCCUGUCCCGGCGUCCCGAAAAUGUACCGGUUUUGAUAAAGUGUCCCGGUUUUUUAAAUCGUCGAAAAAAUUAAAUUAUUUCACUUUUUCGCCAAAAUAUUGAUGAAAACGUAUAUUUUAGUGCAUAAAUACUACCCAAGUAGCCAAGAUUAUCGGGCCGAAGGAUAUUAAAGGGUGGCAUAGUUGGGCGAUGGUUGGCCGACUGUGCCAACCAUUCCCCUCCCGAUUUUUGCAGACAAGUUUUAAGCAAAAAGUGCAUGUAGAAAUUUUUACAUUUACUUCCUUCCUACCGAGGGUGGGACAAGGUUGGCAAAAGUAUAUUUAAAUUGCAUCUGACAAAAACUGUCGGCACGAGGUCGUACCAUCCGUGGCCAAAAAUACCAUAGUGCGCCAUCUAUCCACUACAGCGCCAAUCGUACUUUCAAGUCCAUUUCCAGCACGAGAAUCUGCCAGCAUGGCUAAAAUCACUUUUCCUCCAAAAAAUAAAUUCGCCAUCGUCGAAUUUAAAGAAGAUGAUAACUCUGUGUCGAUAGUGUCAACAAGUUGGCUCAUAGACUUAUCCACAGUCCUCUGGCCAUCAUCACCCAACGUCACUUCUAUGGUGAAAAAACACAAGGCACCAGAAGAGAGUUGGGCACGACAUAAUUGUAAAAUUUUGAAAAUUAAAGAUACUUUUGAUGAUGCACUUGUUGUAUUGCGUUUAGCCGAGAAAUCAAAUCAGUCGACAUUUGAAACUACCGUGGAUGAGGAUGAAAGUCGUCGUCCUAGGCGACGAAGACGAAAUAAACAAAAGAAAAAAGUAAACUCUGAAUCUUCUGGGUCGUCGCCGAGUAAGGACCCAAUUGAUAGCGACAUCGAAAUUCCAAGCACGUCAUUUACCUCAAUUACUACGUCAAAACCAGUCGAACCGAAUUAUUCAAGUGAUUCUGACCACCAUCAAAUUCACUCGCCGAGUGUGUCCAACGUUGGUCCGAAUAGUUGCCCAAUUAUAUCAAGUCCUAAGUUGAUAUUGGUUGAUCACGGAACGGUGGCAUUAAAUUCCAACCUUGAUUUAAGUGAUAUCCCUCCAAGUGUUAACAGUCUUCCAGGCUUUAGUGGGGAUUUAGUUGGCAAAAAUGACACGGAAUUUGAGAAAAUCGUUAUUGAUCGUUUGGCUAAAUUGGAACAACUUGUCACGGAACUGUUGAGAAGGUCAGGUGGGAUUAACAUAUCUCCCCCAACUAAAAUAAAAUUGCACAAAAUUCCUGUGGUGACUGUUGCUGAGUUUAAGUCAUUAAACGUGUGGAUUCAGGUGCAGGAAAAUCGUGUCUGUUUGGUCACGGAAUUGGCACUCAUUGGCGCAAAAAGGCUCUCUCUCCUGGUUAGCAGAAUACUGAAAAAACUUUUUGCAAAUAGUCUCGCAAAAAUCAUUACUGUCACUGGAGCAGGGAAGGAUAUUGAAAUUGCUUUAAACAACGAGCCAAUUUAUCAAAUUAUAAGAGAUUCCGUGCGUGCCACAAACGGUUAUAGUUUAUCUACGGACCAGGAAAUUGGAAGUUAUGUUGCAUCGUGGCUAAAGGGUGCUGAAGACAGAGAGGGCGGACGAGAAAAACGACGACAGAAUGCUAACCUCAAACAGAACAAAGGCAAGAAGAAGGAAGGCGGAAGUGGCAACCCUUCUUCAUAAUAUAAAUAUAGCUUCCUCCUCUACUAUUCUAGCGCCAGUAUCAAGUGUGGAUGGUGAAUCAGUUUCAGAAUCUCAAGUAAUAAUUAGUAGUUUGCAUGAUAGUGUAGAAUAUUCGUCAAAUUCAGAGAAUAAUAGUUAUAGCUUUACAAGUUUCAGUGAAAACGAAUCGUUCAAUGAAGAGCAAACACCAUUUCCUCAAAAACUUCGAGGAUGGGCUUUGUCCCAUAAUAUUACACAUGUUGCUUUAAAAGAAUUAUUAUCAUUAUUAUCUAGUAGUCUCAAAUUAACAGUUCCACUAGAUCCUCGAACAUUAUUAGAAACUCCCCGAGUAGUUGAAACUGAUUUUAUUUCUGGUGGAGAAUUUGUAUAUUUCGGAAUAGAAAAAAAUUUAAAGAGAUCAAUUUCAAAUAUCGCUCACCUCGUUCAGCCAAAAUCAACAAUUUUUAGCAAAUUUUAUCACGAUUUUGGCGAAAAUCUUGUAACAAUAUCUGUAGGUGUGGAUGGUAUUCCAUUAAGUAGGAGUACAAGAUCCCAAUUUUGGCCGCUUCUUGGUAAAAUUGAUCAACUUAAAAUUAAUUCAAUUUUUGUAAUAGGGCUAUUUUACGGAGUUCAAAAACCUACUAAUUUAGAUUUUCUAAAUGAUUUUAUUGCUGAGACAAUUACACUAGAGAAGGAUGGAUUUAAUCAUUUAGGGAAGAAAUUUCAUUUCAGAAUUUCCUGUAUUAUUGCUGAUGCUCCAGCUAGAAGUUUCAUUAAGGGAAUUAAGAAUCAUAAUAGUUAUUCAGGGUGUGAGAAAUGUGUUCAACACGGCGAAUUUGGAAAAAGUGUAGUGUACACUGAAUUAAAUUCAGCUUCGCGUACAGAUGAAUCGUUUCGUUCACAAUUAGACGAGAAUCAUCAUAAAUUUUCUACUUCUUUAUCAAAAUUGCAAAUUGGCUUCGUCUCGCAGAUUCCAUAUGACUAUAUGCACAUGUGUUGCUUAGGGGUCAUGAGAAAACUUUUGCGACAGUGGGCAAAAGGGAAAUUGCCUCAUAGAAUGCAGAGUAAAAUUAUUAAUGAAAUUUCAGACAGAUUUAUAAAUUUCAAAACGUUUAUGCCUCGUGAUUUUCAGCGAAGACCAAGAAGUUUGAAUGAGAUUGAUAAUUUUAAGGCCACGGAAUUUAGAACGAUAAUGCUGUACACAGGUCCAGUAGCACUGAAAAAUGUCUUACCGGAGAAGUAUUACAUUCAUUUCCUUUAUUUUCAUUGUGCUAUGUUUAUUCUUUUAUCGGCCAAUGCUGAUGACCCCGAGUGGAACGCUUUAGCCAGGCGGUUGUUGACAAAAUUUAUUUUACAAUGCAGAGUCGUAUAUGACAGUAAUUUUAUGGUUUAUAAUGUCCAUGGUUUAUCACAUAUUCAUGAGGACGCUCUAAACUUCGGACAAUUAGAUAAUAUUAGUGCGUUUGGUUUUGAAAAUUUCAUGCAGCAACUGAAGAAAAUGACAAGAACAAAAACAUUUUAUCUCCAACAGGUUGCAAAAAGAAUCGUAGAAAACGAAAAGUGUAACGUUAUUAAGAGAGAAUUAGACGAGAAACGCGAAAAUUUUCAAGCAAACAAAAUAAUUGUAAAUAGCUGUUAUUCUCUGAAUUCUGGUCAAAUUAUUAUAGUUCGAAGAAUUACGUACAAUAGAUUUUAAAAUGUUAAAAUAGUUCAUUACGAAACAUUUAGUAACAAAAAAUCACUAUACGAAAAACCUAUAAGUAGUUGUAAGUUAGGAAUUUUUAUUUUAGGAAAUGAAAUGAAAAAAACUUGUGAGCUGAAUUGUUUACAAAUUGCACAUAGAUGUAUUUUGUUACCCUUUAAAGAGAACUUUGUCUGUUUUCCAUUACUACAUGAUAUCAAAUAAAUGAACUAAAUCAGAAAUAAACAGUGUGAGAUUAUU